AUGGGUGACCACCUUUCCGGACCAAAGUGCAGAGGUCUGUUUGUCAAAAGGAACCGGUUGGAUGGCAGCACAGAGCUCAUCGCUGCUCAAGCGUUCCUUGACGAAGAUCAUGGCGAACUAGACUCGCAGCCGGCCAACGACAACAAUAACUAUACCCUCAGUCGGAUAGGCAAGCACAAUGUCGUUAUUGUUGUACUGCCGCACUGGGAGUACGGGCUCGUAAAUGCUGCGAACGUUGCUAGGGAUAUGAUAGGCAGCUUUCCAAAUCUCAGAGUUGGCCUCAUGGUUGGCAUCGGCGGUGGUGCUCCGGCCAAGCACGAUAUCCGCCUAGGGGACGUCGUCGUCAGAUAUGCUGGCUAUGGGCACGGCGGCGUGUACCAGUACGACUACGGGAAGACUAUCCAGAACAAGGCCUUCGUUCCCACGGGGUUCUUGAACAAGCCACCAACAUUCAUAAUGGCUGCAGCGGCCGCACUUAACGCUACUUAUCGGAUGAAGGGACACCAGCUCAAGAAAGCAAUUGGGAGCGCCCUUGAUCGAAUUCCAAGGCUGCAACAUGAGUUUCGACAACCAAACGCUAGCACGGACCGGCUUUAUAAACCCAAAAUCCUCCAUACUGCUAGAGACGACGAGGACUGCUUGGCUGCUUGCGGAGACGACGAGUCGAAACUGACUAUCCGGCGUGCACGAUCGGCGGACGACGAUGAUCCCGUCAUACACUACGGCCUUGUUGCUUCCGCCAACCAACUCAUGAAGGACGCCUCACGACAAUGA